AUGUGCCGAUAUGGAGUUUUCCACCACACUGCAUUAUCAUAUCAUCCUCAAGCAAAUGACCAAGUGGAAGUAUCGAAUCAGGAAAUAAAGAGUAUACUUGAGAAGACUGUGAAUACGUCGAGGAAAGACUGGUCAAAGAGGUUUGAUGAAUCCUUAUGGGCAUAUAGAACUGCUUUCAAAACACAAAUACGGAUAUCACCAUAUCUCUUGGUAUUUGGGAAGGCUUGUCAUCUUCCUGUGGAGCUUGAACAUAGGGCAUAUUGGGCUGUGAAAAAGCCAAAUGUAGAUUUGUAUAAAGCUGGACAGAAAAGGCUCAUGGACCUGAAUGAGCUAGAAGAGUUCCGCAACGAGGCUUAUAAAAAUGCAAAAAUCUAUAAGGAGAAGACGUAG